UAUGUUGCGGCUAUAUUAUUAUACAUUCAGCAAAUUAAUUAAAGUGGAUCGUUUAACUAUGACUCCACAUUAAUAUUGGAUUGCUGCUGGUAAAGGAAUGGAACGCCCUUAUACUGGAGAAUAUUGGUUUGUAAAUUUAAUAACCUAUUUCAUCAGAAUCAAGAAGUUGGUACAUAUCACUGUAAACAUUGUGAAAAUCAAUUAUUUUCAUUUGACACUAAAUAUAAAUCAACUACAGGAUAUGCAUAAUUUUGGAAUCACAUUCCUAAUAGUGUAAAAUUAGAGGAAUCUAAUGUUAAAGUAUUAAUACUAAUUAAUUAUUAUUUUAGGAAGUAAGAGAUUUAUGUUGUGCUGGAUGUGACAGUUUUGUUGGAAAGGUCUCCUUUGAUGGACCCCCUCCAACAUUCAUUAAAUAUAGUAUUAAUUCAGCUGCCUUAAAUUUUAAAUUGAAACCAUUUUAAGAAGACCCAUACUUUAGAAAAAUUGCAAGAAAAGAAAAAUAAGCAUAACGUUCAAAAAAAGUAGAACAUAAUUAUUUAGAAAGCAAUAAAAAUUUAUGAU